AUGGCUGCAGAUUUCACAAGAGGCACACACUUCUUGCCCAAUAUUUUGAUUGGCUCGAGCAAAAACCCAUCAAGAUUUCUCACCAGAACCACUCUGAAACCAUAUUCUGGGUCACUAUCCUCAACAGCACAUGAGCUUCCUUCAGCCCUCCUCUACUUUCCCCUGGAAACAAAACAGAGUCCCAUAAGAAAGAACAGAGCAAAACUCCUUGAUGGAUUCAGUUCAGACUUCAGCUCUUUGUUAUACACCAAAUGCGCAAAUCAGAGUUUCACGGGCGCCAGUGAGGCAUAUCAUCGAACACUUUCCGCGCUUUACCAACAUCUCCUCACGGAGUCUUCUCGCUCCAAGUUCUUCAAAUCCACUGCAGGCAACGAGAACCUAGGGAUCUCCGGCCUCUUCCAAUGCAGAGGCGAUCUAGGAAACGACGACUGCCAACACUGCGUUGGCGGGCUUCCGGAGACAUUGAGCAGCCGCUGCGGGCAAGCUGUCGCGGCGAGGGUCCAGCUCUCGGGUUGCUAUCUGCGCUACGAAACCGAUGGGUUUCCGGAACAUGAGCUCUGGCCGUCGGAGGGCGGCGGAGGGAGAAACGAUGAUUACGAGUACGAGCUGCUCCACGAGAAAUGCAGCAGCAAGAGCGACAGCUCCAGCGAUUUCAGGACGGCGAGGGAGGCGGCUUUCGCGGCGGUGGAGGCGCAGCUGGCGAAAGCGGAGGUUGGGUUCUGCGAGAAGGAGAUCGAGCACGUGCAAGUGGUGGCGCAGUGCGAAGGGGGUUUGGGGGCUUGCGAUUGCGGCCAAUGCGUCCAUGCCGCGGCGGAGAUCGCGGAGGAGAAAUGCGGUAGCUCUGUUGCCGGUGAAGUGUAUUUGAGUAAAUGCUUUCUCAGCUAUAGCUACGAUUCCGAAGAUAGCAGCGAUAAUAGUAAAAGUGCAACAGCAAAAACAAUUGCGCUAGUGUUGGGAGGAGCAGCUGCUUUCUGUGGUUUUAUUGCUCUCCUCAAAUUUCUCAAAUCUGAUACCCAUAAGGACGACUCAUCGUAAGCUACAUGUUCUCAUUUCCCUCUAUGUGUUAUGUUGCUCAAUCGAAUCCAGUUUUAAUUAAAGAGGUGGAUUUUGGUCUACAGGGAUUGUUAGAGAAAGAACAUGGAAAACAAUAACAACCGGCCGAAGAUAGUUAUUAGCCCCAACCUUUCCACAACAUAUAUAUAAUCCUGCCUCGUUCUUCGAUGGUGAUUGAUAUUUGGUUGAUGCCUUCAAGAAGAAAAAGGCUAAGAAAGGACGCACUAAACCAAAUUACAUCUAUCAUAUUUUAGCAAUGUACCACUUACAUUGACAAAAAAAUUAGUUUAUUGACUAUCAAAGUGUCAUAGAUAGCUUCUCUAUUUUUCUUUCAUUUCUGGCGAAAUACAAUCAGGGGACUAAUUCAAAUUCUUCGGGUAAAAUAAGAAUAUCUUUUGUAACUGAUAAGAAUUAGUUUGUUGACAAUAUGAAUCUAUAUGUAAUAUAUAAAUAGAUGAAUUUUGUUUAAAUUUGA